AUGGCAACUCGAUACAAAAUCAAUUUUCAAAAUGGUCAUCCGAUAAAUGUUAAAGCUUAUGUUGGCGAAACUGGUUGUUCAUUGAGUGUCCAUUUUGAAUAUCGAGCUCUAGGUGGACUUUUGGAAUUGUGGAGAGCGGUUUAUGAAAAAGUUCAGGGCGUUAUGGUGAAAGCUGGAAGAACUCAAAAGGUUUUCGGGGCAUUCAAGAUUCUAUGUUACGGUAAGUAAUUUGAAGAUAACUGCUGAAUGAGACCUCAAAUGAAACUAGACUCUGCAAAAAUUCGUAAUAAACUUCAAAGUGAGAUGUUCUUCAUAACACAUUUCGGAUAACUUCUUUUUUGAGACCCCAUUCAGCGAAAAUUCAUGUGGUUCUUUUUUGUUCUCCGAGUUGUGUUGGAAAAGGUUUCUCUUUUUCAAGGCUUCUAUGUGUUAGAGUAGAAAAUGUGCUACAGUACAAAUUUUCAUCAUGGCUUUGCAGUUUUUCAAAAAUUCUUAUCAGAAAAAUGACGUUACCUAGAUUUUUCAUAGAGAAUAGUUCACAGUUGCAAAAACAAACGUUGUUCAUAAUUUUUAUAUACAAAACAGCAGUUUCCAUAAGAACAUCUGUUAUGAAAAUGUUUUUGAGAUACAAACACAUGUAAGGAAACUUCAAAAAUAAUUCUAGUAAAUUUUAUUUGAUCCAUUAGAAAAACUUCCACGCGAUCUGGGUAUUUUCAAUAGAACACAAUUUUCAAGGUUUUUUCUUUGUUGUCAAAUUUUCAAAACACCCUUCCCAAUUUAGCGUGGGAAAAAAAAUAUAAAACAAUGUUUUGAGAACUUUUUAAACACAAAAAUUGAGAGAAAAUACACUGUAUUACUGUAGUUUCUGAAGAAAUUAUGAAAUAAAAAGUUAGCACUGUAAUCUAGGUACUGUACUGUAAAAUUGUUUGAGUACUAGACAUCAGUCACUGUAGUUUUCUCCCAAAUUCGACAAAUGGUCCAUAUUUCUUUCUGUACCUGUAACAAAAAUCAACUUUAUGGAAUACUGAAAAGUUGGUUUUCUCCCCGUUCUCAUUUUCAUUCAAAAUUCAUUCACAUAUUUUUCCAGUAUCUGAUAGUUCUCAAAUCCAAAUCGAGAAUGACCGCGAUCUUCUCAACGCUCUCAACAAACAUGGAUUUGAUCAAGAAUUCACAAGAGCCCCAUUCAUCAUCACAAUCAAAUUUGUCCAUGAUUAUGAUGAAAUCUAUCUUGGAUCGAUUCUCGAAUUCCUUAUAAUGGGAACUGUUACAGCUGACAAUAUACUCACGUGCUGGGGAAAACAUCCAACUCAUUUGUUGUUUCCUGAUCCUCGCGCUGAAGUUUAUGUUGAUGUUCAGAAGAUUUUCAACGAUUCCGAAGAGGAAAUUAAACAGAACAAAAAAUUCAAACGUCGGGUUAAAGCACAGGAACAGAAGUAAGCUUUGAAUUUGAAAUGUUAUUGAUGAAAUAUAUUUUACAGAUAUAAAAGAUGGUUCGAAAGUCAACCAGAGGAUUCCAAGAAGAUCAUCCUGAAGCGCUCUCAAUAA